ACUACACUCUCAAUCUACUAGAGAGUAGAUAUCCUUAUUAAUUGUCUUCCUUUAUCAGACAACUAACAGAGGGGAAAAGAAAAAAAAACAGAAAAGACAUCCCAACCUCUGCCAGGCACAUAUUGGCCUACAAUGUUUCUUGUUGGCCUUUCUGAAGUGGAUGAAGCUACUAAUUUUGGAAUAAAAAAACAUGAUCAUUCAACUGUGGCUGCGCUAUCAACGUUAUGCUUUUGAAGUAGGAAAAUGUAUUGUCAAAGAAACAAUGACUUGAUUGGCCACAGUGACUCCUACCCAAUCCACAAUACUUUUCAAGAAAUGCAAGGAUCAUGCUUUCAAUGGAGUGGAGUCAUUAGUUGCUUAAUUUCGUCUUAACAUUAGACAACUAGGUAAAAGAGGGAAAAUUUAGCUAGAUGCCCCUUUCAACUUAUAGAACAAAUACAAUCUGGACCACAUUAUUCUAGGCAGACACAUGAUCAUAUCAGUCAUUUUCCUCCCUCACAUGCCUUCUCUUGAUAUUACUACCGCGGUCAGUAACAAGUGGCUACACUAGAAAAUAUCUGUACCUCUGCAAGAUAAGCAUGACAAAGACACAGGGGAGCAGUAGCAAAAUAUCUAGAAAACCAUCAAUAUAGUUUCCUAGUAGGUCCGACCAUGUAGCAAAGGAAAAGGACACCAGCGGUGAACUCAGAGCACCUUCAGUCUUUGUGAUGCAGGGAACAAAAAAUUUCACUGAUGUGACGCAUUAUCUUAUGAAAGACUAAUAAUUCAUUGGUAAUUAUAUCAGUAUUGUGAUUAUGAUGCUAUUAAACUGUCGCUAUAAUCAUGAUUUCCUUGUCUUAAAAUUUUUUCCUACACAACCACAGUGAAUAUCCUUUCAUGUCAAUCUUUUUUAUUUCUUGGGCUGUGCAGAUUCCCCUACCUCUUCUCAUGUCGGUGACUCCACCCAUCUCAAUCUAGCAUUAGCAACUGCAAACUACCUAAAUCCAUGCAUGUCUUCAGUGUUAUUGGGGAAAGCAAGGAUCUUUACCUCGGUUCGUGAAGGCAACACCUCGGCUGUUGAAAGGUUCCUGAGCUGCAAAAAUUUCCAAAUAGGAAUUCAUAGAUUCUUUGCUGGAUGAUUGCCCCAAAAGAGUAUUCUUAGAGAGAUUGGCAGGAAUCUAAAGCAAGAUAGAGGCAAAAGGCACACAAGUCUUUCUUACACUUAACACUUGCAGCCUAUUUGAUUGUUUUCCUUUCUGCCCCAUUUCGUCGAACACCUUGUAGACGAUCGCAUGAGGGUACUAAGGGGCAGGCACCUGGGAGGCUUCUCGGAGGCGCCGCCGGGGGCCAACAGGACAGGGCCGCCGUACGUCGCCGCCGGGGGUAGCAACGCCAACUUCGACACCAACAUGGUCAUCAUCCUGGCGGCGCUGCUGUGCGCGCUUAUAUUCGCGCUGGGGCUCAACUCGAUCGUGCGGUGCGCGCUCCGGUGCGGGCGGCGGCUGGCGUUCGAGACCCCCGAGGAGGCGUCCACGCGGCUGGCGGCGACGGGGCUCAAGCGGCAGGCGCUCCGCCGGAUCCCGGUGGCUGUGUACGGCGAGGGAGCAGACAUCCCGCCGGCGACCGAGUGCCCCAUAUGCCUCGGCGAGUUCGCGGACGGGGAGAAGGUCCGGGUGCUCCCCAAGUGCCACCACGGGUUCCACGUCCGGUGCAUCGACAAGUGGCUCGCGUCGCACUCCUCGUGCCCCACGUGCCGGCGCUCGCUGCUGGAACAAGGCGCCGGGGAAGGGGCGGAGGCGGUAGGCCAGGAUGUGUGGCGGAGCGGCGGAGACGCCGGCGAGUACGGCCAGCUUGCGCUUCCCUAGUACAAGUAGUAAUCUGUGGGAUUGUGCCUGGUUUCGAAUGGCAGAAACAUGUAUAUACCGGAGAAUUCGUAAUGUUUUUCGAAGAAUAUUUAUCAUUGGAAAUUUUGUAGUGCAGAGAAAAACAGAGAAAGGAAAAAAAAGGUAACGAAAUACUUUUUUCUUCUCA